CGUUUAUAUACAAAACUCUCAUUAGUUGGAGGCCAGUGAUGCUUCGCCUUGCAACAGAUGCGUGCGUCCAGUAGUAUUUUAAAUUAAAUUAAUUUAUAAGUAUAUCAUUAAUAAUAAUAAACAACGCAAUGGAGAAUCUUUUCGUUUUUCUAUUAAUUGUUACAAUCAGCAGUGAAACUUUUGGAAUGUCUUUUCGUCAAAAAAGGCAGUCCAAUGGUAACGACAACGAUUUAGAAGAUAGAUACGGAUGGGAUAAUUCACCUGGAAGACAAUCAUGGUUCCCCAACACAAACCAAAUUAAUAACAGACCAUGGCAAAACCAGUUUCCAAGACCAAAUCAAAAUGGCGGGCAAAAUCAGUUCCCGUGGCAGAAUCCAAUUCAGAAUGGAGGUGAAAAUCAAUUCCCGCCACAAAAUCAGCAACAGAUUCAACCCUCAACUCCACCUACCAACAGCAACAGUCGCUUGCCGAACGAUGUACGAAGCUGCAUCAGCUCUUGUCCUGUAACUUCAGAAUAUAAUCCAGUGUGUGGCACCGACUUGGUAACAUAUUCCAAUCCUGGUCGUCUGGUGUGCGCAAGAACUUGCGGAGUUAAUGUAAGCCAACUAAGGACAUCCCCUUGUCCCACUACAACAGUAGCGCCUAUAAGCUGAUUUAUUUAAGAAGUUCCAUAAUUAAGUGAGAUGAAUGACUGAAUAAAAGCAAAAUUUAUAAUAAAUUCUCUUUUUUUAUUGAA